UGAAAAUGAAGAACGAGAGUUGAGAGAGGGUGGGAAAUCAAAGCCAAAAUAUGAAACUAUGGAAAGAGCAAAAUUUGAGCAAUCCCUGAGAAUAACACAGAGAAUAACAUAGUAACUUCCAGUGAGCAGGACAGGAAUGGAGAGAUGGCUCCCCACCACAUCCUGAUGAUGGUCCUGAGCUGGAGAAGGUUGGCAGCCCAGGCCUGGGAAAGACAGCAGAGUGCCUCGCCCCCUCCCUGUGCCCCUGCUGCACAGCUACCCCAGGGUCCUUUCUGUUUCUCCCCAGAUGGUCCAUGCCAAUGACUCCCUCCCAACCCACCAAACGUGGGUUCAGCGUGAGUUCCUCCUCCCCAGGGAGCCCUGGGGAUUACCUGGCUUCACCCGGCAAGCCUACCACCGGCUGGCCCUGAAGCUGCCACCCUGCACAGAAAUGAAAUCCGAGGUGCAUCACCGCCUGAUACACCCGUGGAAGAACGCAGCCCAGCACACCUGGGGCUUUCACACGUGGCUCGACGUGGGGCGUUUGCCAGCCACCUUCCCCACACGGCUUGACAAGCCCUACGAUAGCAAUGUCUGGCGCUGGCUGACCCAUGCCCAUGGCUGCCCCCCAGCAGAGCCCCCCAUACCCCCUCCUUCCUGGAUGGGCCCAAACAGCUUCCUGACCUUCAUCCACUCUACCCCCAUGUUCUUGGACACGAACAGAAAGAACCAGGUGAUGAUGAAGGUGAAGAGGGAACUGAAGGAGGUGGAGAAACUUAAGCUGAGGAGUGAAAUAAGGGCACCUCCACUUGACACGCAUGGCAACAUUCUGCCCCCAGCGAACUUCAAGAAGACCAGGAACGUAUCUACUGGUGGGAGGUUUGAGCCUCAGUGCUUCCAGCUCCUGCCCAUCCCUCUUCCUACUGCUUCUACCCGGGGCUGGCCCUGACCCAACCCUCUGCCUCAUUACCAGAACACAGCACAGAAACUGGCCUUGCUGCCCAGUGCGCCACUGAGCCAGGACCUGGUGAGGGAUUACCAAAGCCUGAUAGAGAACCGCAUUGCCAAGCCUCUCCACUAUCUGUCUAAAGCACAACCUAGCCAGACCUCAGGGAGGAACAGGAAGAGAAGACCUGGCCAUAUCUAGAAGAGCCUCCAAUGGGUGCAGAUGAGCACAUGGCUGCCAGGUGCCAGCGCUCUCCAUCAAAGCUCCUUCAGCAGGGAGCCUGGGGUGAUUGAAGGACUUGCUUCUGCACUGUCCUCCCAACCUCCAGCCACCUCUGUACUCCAGGCUCCUGAGACACUACUGAAACUCUCAGUUGUUCUGUAUCUUUCUUGGAGGAUUCAUGGCAGGUGGGAGGAUUGGGGUACGAGGGUGGGGAGCAGCGGGGACAGAGAGGGGUUCCAGAACUAAGGAUAAAACAAGGAUGGAGAGGAAGGAGUGUGUGUGUGCAUGUGUGUGUGUCUGUGUGAGUGUAUGUUGGAGUGGGGAAAAGGUACUGUGAGAGAUGUAAGUAAAGGACUGGGGGAGUGGCUCAAGUGGUAGAACACCUGCCUAGAAAGUAUUAAGUUCUGAGUUCAAACCCCAAU